CCUCAAUAUGGCCUGAAAUGAGCCCACAAUUUCACUCACCCAGCCCACACGUUCCCAGCAAUCCUCAUUUUCGCCCAAUACUAUAUGAACUAAAAAACCCUAGCCCUAAUUAUCUCCUUAAGGCGCAUCCAGGGCAAUCACUGCAUUUCGGCGACUAAGCGGCGCGCAGAAGAAGAUACAUCACAAUUCACAACCAUGGGUAAGGUUCACGGCUCGUUGGCUCGUGCCGGCAAGGUGAGAGGGCAGACUCCCAAGGUAGCGAAGCAGGAGAAGAAGAAGAAGCCACGCGGUCGUGCCCAUAAGAGAAUGCAAUACACCCGCAGAUUCGUCACUGCUUUGUCGGAUUUGGCAAGAAGAGAGGACCCAAUUCUUCUGAGAAGUCUUAAUUAUCGAUGGUUGUGGCUAGGUAGGGGGUGAACACUACCACUGUUUGGGCGUUUUGGAAGAACUAUGAAGUUUUACAAAAAAAAAAAAAAAAGAACUAUGAAGUUUCGUGUUAGACAUGUAGCGAUUUUGCUUGUUAUCAAGCAUAAAACGGCUAUUUUCUACCCUAUGAUGUCUGUUUCAAGAGUAAUAUGUUGUUUGGGAAUUUCUUUUUUGCUAGUUGCUUUUGAGGAGGUUUCGUCUCUCCCAUAGAACUCCAUUCUGCAAGCAUCGUCUGCUGAUAGUGCAUUGCAUCUGUAUAUUUAUAAACUGAAGUGAUACUAAGAGCAGUAUGCAUGGAUUUCUAAGUUUGGUGAAAGGCUUAAGCGGUGUUGGUGAGCCGGGGUGACGAAAGUACGUAAGAAUGCUCCAAUAAAGAAAGUAUCCAGGAU